CUUGUUCUUCUUGUUUUGACACGAAUCUUUUUAGGAACGUGGCAUUUUUGGCAACUAACUCUAAAUUUUCAAUUUUGUUUCGUAGUUUUAUGUUAGUUAAUUAGUUUCUAUAUAGACAGCAGGCACUUACAACUUAAACAUUUAAAUUUCAUAUUAUUGUCGUGAACAAAUUUUUAAUUUGUAUUAAAUAAUAACUUUAUUCAUCCGUUCAACAAAAUUUUUGGGAAGGAAACAUGUCUUCUGUUCUUCAUAUGCUAGGUCUACAUGGACUCGAUGAAGGUUUUAAUUUGGUAAUAAUCUUACCUGUGGUUGUAGUGAUCGUUGUGGUAGUGUUUUUAUUAAAGUUAAGUGUCCGUAAAUCAGCAGACCCCAGAAAGACACAGACACAAAACUCCAAAAAACAAAAAGUGACAACAAAUAAACAAAAAGAUGAGAGAUCAAAUGUUGACAAAAAAGAUAAAAAACACAAGGAAAAAAUAGGCCCCGUCAAGACUUCAGACGGAGAAACAAAUAAAAAACAACCGGUUGCAAACGAGAAGUCACCUAAAAAAAUUGUCCAAACCAAAAAGCAGCAAGGUACCAGCAACAAUGUUAAUAAGAGCGCCAAGAAUCCUACAACAACCAAAACUCCAACGAAUAGUAAAAAACAAUUAGAAAGUUUUGUCAGCAAAGAGGAGGAAGGGGAAUGGCAAAUGGUUACAACUAAAAAACAAAAGAAACCCACAAAUGAAGAAACAAUUGACAUAACUUCACCAUCAAAAACUAAUAAAAAAACUCAAAAAACACCAGAGAAAACUAAUAAAGCAAUUAAAACGAAAAAAGUUAAAGUAAUGAAUGAAACAGUUGAAGUAUCUUCAACUAUUGUUAGCCAAGUUAAACAGUCAGAGCCUUCUGUUCCAUCUGAUAUAACCCAACAUCCUACUACUAAUUCGACAAUUAAACAAAAGGAAGCUCCAGUCCCUGAGCCUACUGUUGAAGUUAUGGUAGAUAAUUCUUCUGUACAAAGUACACCUUCUGCUAACGUGGCAUUUGAUGAACUAGGAGAUGAUGGCUGGACGGAUACAAAACCCCAGAAGAAAAAUAGAAAAAAAGCACUCAGGGAAUAAUUAUUAAACCUGUUACCUAUCCCACCUUAUUGUUUCAAAAAUUUGAACAUAAUAUAUGAAUGUAGUUAAUAUUUUGUUAUUUGUAAAUAUAAUAGGUUACAACAAAUACAAUAUCAUUCUAAAAGUAGAAUACGAAAAUAUAUGCAUAUAACGUACACAUCUGUGUAUGGUAUUAUAAAUGGUACUUCAAGAAUUUAUAACUUUUCACACAACUUUUUAUAUUGCAAAUAUUAUAUAGUUUUGUGUAUUUUUUUACUUUUUAUAACAAAAAUGCUCAAUAGAAAAAUAUAAAUAUUUUUAUUUAAAACAUAUUUUGUGAAUUCAUAACUAUUAUUGCCUUUUUUUACAUACUUAAAUUUAAAUGUCUAAAGUUUAAAGUCUAAAUAAUUUUAAGAGAUCUUUUAAAUAAAUAACGAAAUAUUUUUAUACAGAUAUUUUACAAACGUUAAAAAUACAAAUUAAAAUAUAUUAAAUAUAAAGUCUUCCAAUAAUUACUGAACUUAAUGGGAACUAUACUACAUUUUUUCUUGGAAACAACUGGACUUAUCCUUUCCUUUUUCGUAUACGUGUAUAAUAAUAAAAAUCUUUAUAUUAGAGACUGAAAAUGACCAUAUAAGAAAAGUGAUUAAAUUAUGAUUAAUUUUUGUUUUUAAAAAUAAAUCACUCAGAAUAACAGUUA